AUGUUUGCUAUUCUUGUUCUUUGCUUUGUUGCUUUGACCGCAGCACAACAACCAAAACCAUGCACUACUCCACCGCAAUGGGAAGCGAAUAUUUUUGAUUACAAUCAACAACAGAAAUUCAUGGUACGUGGACGAUUAAGUUAUGAUGCUGUAUAUCGUCGUGAACGUAUUAUCGAAGAAGUUAAUUUCGGUAGUCAGGGUGAUGCUUUUGAUGUCGUUGCUUUAUUUGAUUCCCAAACUGAAUACAUCUAUGACUUCAAAGCUCGCAACUGCACACGCCGUCGAAUUGAACGACCAUGGCGUGAUUUUGGCAUUCCACAAGAUGCCCGUUCAUUCGGCGAAAGUUAUAUUGGUUCAUCAGCUGCGCCAGGUUUAGGUUUAUUAGUUACACUUUGGGGUGGAAAUCACACAACACCAUCGAAUGACACUGUUCGCACCUUCGGAACAUGGACAUAUCAAGCAUGUCUUCCUGUUCGAUUCAUCAGUCAUAGUCAACGAUUUGGUCGCACAGAAACAUCAUUUUUUGAUAUUACUGCUGGUAUUAGUGAUCCAAAUGUGUUCAUUCCACGACGUGAAUGUCUUACAGAAAAAGAAUAUGCUAUGCGAGACAUCCUUUUUGGUAAACCAUCGAAACAAAUUCAACAACAAUAG